UGGCAGGGAGAGUGGGACGCUGGUGGGAAAAGCGGGGUGCUGGUGGGAGCCGGGGAGCAGCGAGGGCGAGUGGGGUGCUGAGGGGGCGCUGGUGGGAGCCGGGGAGCAGCGAGGGUAACUGGGGCAGCGGCAGGGCCCGCGGCCAGCGGGCGGGCAGGGCCGGGACGGUGUCCGGAGGAGGAGUCUCCAGCGGUGCUGGUGGAGGAGGGCACGGGGGAUGCAGAGGCAGGUGCACGGCAGUCAGACUCCCUCCCGGAGGAGCCCCAAAGGGUGAGUGGGGCCCUGGGGGUUGCACAGCAGCUGGGGGAAACCCCACAAAUCAGGGUCGCCCCAGCAAUUGGUUCUGAGCACCUGUGGGAGCCGCUGGGAGGGCAGAGCCUCCUCUAAGAGCCCUGUCCUGCGUCAUCCACUCCUCCAGAUGGGCUUCAGAGAGGGCUCGAUGCUGCCCUGCCGCGAUUUGUAGCUGUGUGCUGUAGGUCCUUCCCCCUGAGUGGCCUGAUGGUGGUGUGGAGAGGCUGGUCCCGUGAAUAACCCGUGUCCCGGCUUUUUCUGGCAGCAAUCAGGAGGAAAGGCAUGCCUCCUGCUCUGGUGGGGCUAAGCCUGGAUGCUCCCCUCCCCGGGAUAUGGGUCGAGGAUCUCAGAGGCGCUGCUGGGGGGCUGCGAGGGCUCACCUUUCCCUGCUGACUUGCUUCACCCCACAGGGGGCUGCCGCUGAGAUGGGGAUGUGUCCUGUGUGCUGCAGGACACAGGGAGGCAUGUGAGCUGGGAGUCUGGGCUCUGGCAGCCUGCAGAUGGAGGGGAAUCCCUGGUAAAGUGAAAAGCCCCAUUUGCAGGUGGCCUGCCUGAACACAAGCUUCACUGCUCAGUUUAUCUUUUCAGUUCUCACUUAGCAUCUCUAAUAUCCCAGGGAGUGUAUGUAACAGGUAGAUACUGUAUGGCAGGUACCUGCAAGGUGUCUGAAAACAGACAGAUUGGAUAUGGCUCAGUCCCAUCGAGGAGCUGAAUUUUGCAGCUGGUAUUAUUCCCGGUGUCUCCUUGCUGCCUUUGUUUUGGAAGCAAAUGGCUCUCUAACUGCAUUGAAUUGCCUGACUACCUUGCAUGGCCGGGAUCUAAUUACCUGUGGAGCUGAGAGCCCUGUCUCUGAACAGCACCGAGGCUUUUGCUUUUAAUGACUUGUUCUGCAAUGUUCAGAGUGUGACAAUGUCGGGGAGGCUGCCAGGACUGGCUGUUGGUGCCACCGUGCUCACACCGCGAUGGCUGGGAAAGUUAAUAGGAGACAAGAUGUCUUGGGCCAAGCGUCUGUGGCACAGCACUGGGUUGAAAACAGAAUAAAUGGAUCUAGUGAAGAGCACAGCUCUCUGCCAUGUCUUGGGGAGUAAGCUGGAUCACUAGAAAAGUGACUAGAAAAACACAGCUAGAAAGAGUGAGCUUUCAUCCUGCUCUGUCAUGAUGCUCUGGCAGAGGCAAAGCGUGGCCAAAUGCAGCCAUUUAGCCCCAGCCAGCGGGAGGGCAGCCCCCAGAAAGAGCGAGGAGUGACUGGGGAACAGGGCACAGCUGGACUCUCAUCUCCUUCCCUGUGCCACGAGCUAUCUCUGUCCUCCUGUUAAUGUUUACAAGGCAGGUGCAGCAGCAUCCAAGUCUGUCCAAAGACCAGAUCCCGCCCCGGCUUUCCCGGGAUCCUUUUUCCUGCUGGCCGGGGCAGGACCACGGGAUGGUGGCAGGGAGGAAGAACGCGGCUCCCUGCUGCCCGUGUAACACUAUCGGUGCCCGCAGCCAGCUCCAGCUCCAGCGCAGGUACUCCGGGGUGAGCUCCUGGGGCCCCGCCAGCUGCCGCCCGGGCAUCUCCGCUUACACGCGACUGCUGCCAGGCGGAGCCAGGGAAAGGUAUUUUUAGGGCUGUUGAUCUGACACCAGCUGAGUUUGCUCUCCUGUGAGGUUGGGGUUCGGUGAGAGGGCAGAAAAGGGAGCUGCAGGGUCAGCUCUUGCUUUGGUUUGUUUUCAGUGUUUAAUUGGCCCGAGGUCAUUCCCUACCACUCUUAUCUGUGGCAGAUAUUUUUAUGCUCUCUCAGAUAUUUUUAUGCUCUCUCUCCAGUUCAUGCUUACAGUUUUACCACAGGCAAUAGUUACCCAGCAGCUAAAAUAUUUUUUAUUAACAAUGCACUGAGAAGCAUCUAUAUUGUUAGAAUUCAGCUUGCAGGUUGUUGUUUUUUUAAACCACUAUUGUUAUAUUUGGGAAAAAGCAGCUUUCCAUAGAUUACCAGAAAGAAAACCCAAACAUGGCAGUUUAUGCAUCUGUUGGCCUUGAGAUAUGAAGCUGCCCUAUAAAUAAUUGCUUAUUAUUAGGUUGGUCCUUGCUGUCUGUAACCACAGGGUACACAGUGUCCGUAUGCCCAGCCACCCUCUGCACCAGGAAUGCUCAAAGCCUUGGGACAGCCAGCUUUGAGGAGCACACACUGAGCACAGAGGUGCCAUAGCACUCCUGCAUCCCCAAAGGGCAGCAGCUCUGCCUCUGGCAUGGCAGGCUUGCUCCCUUGUGCUUAAUUUGGGUGCAGGAGGGACUGCUGGCUGUCCUUCAGAUCUUGGGGUUGGCACUACUGGCACACUGACACCCCCACAAUCCCAAAAUAACUGGGUGAAGAAUGUGGGUGACACCAAAUGUCUGGUUCCUUGCGCAGCCUCAGGUUUUGCCCCCAGCAGGCCACACAUGAUGAAAGGAGCCAAAUUUGGGGGGGGGGGACUUGGUGUUUUCUGGACUCCCAAGGAAGAUGACACAAGUGUCCUGAUGGCUUGUUGGUAAGGGACUCUUUAUUAUCCUGGGUGAGGGAUUGGUUUAACCCUUAAGUCUUUGGUUUCUGAGGGAAAAGGGUCCUGAGCCACAAGUGUGAACUCACAGGGGUGCGAAUAUGCACAGAUCAUUCCCUUUCAAGUGGGAGUGAUUCCUGAGAAAGCAAGGAGCAAAGCUGGGAAGGAGAAGUGUGUCUUUUGGGAGACAUGGGAACUGCAUAGACCUCCUCAGCGAAAAGAGGGUCUGCUCCUGAAGGAUAUUUGCAUUUUCCUGCUGGGAGAAGCAGACCCAAUCAUGGCAAAGGGGCCGGUUUGGGUGAAGGACAGUCUGGAAAAACUCUGGGGAGGAGAUGAACCUCACAGGAGGUUUGUACAUGCUGUGUGGGCUGGGAAAUCUGCUGGGACCUUCCCUGUCCUGCACCACUCCCCUUCCCUCUCCCUCCCUGCAGAUGAGUAAUGCCACUCGUGCUGUGCCCUCUCCCCUGGCACCUGGCACACCGGGGCCUGGCACAGCAGCCAGGCUGGCCUCAGCCCCGCCAUUCUCAGCUGUUGCCCUGCUUACGGCUGCCCACAACAACUCCCAGGAGGGCCAGCAGCUUUUCCUGACCACGACAGCAGCACAGGUCAUCUCUGGCAUCUUCGUGUGGUCAGCACUCAUCGUCACCUUCCACCAGAUCUACACACACCUGAGGAAUUACACCAUCCCCAAGGAGCAGCGCUACAUCAUCCGCAUCCUCUUCAUCGUGCCUGUCUAUGCCUUCGACUCCUGGCUCAGCCUCCUCCUCCUCGGCAGCCACCAGUACUACGUCUACUUCGACUCGGUGCGGGACUGCUACGAAGCUUUUGUGAUUUACAGCUUCCUGAGCCUGUGCUUUGAGUACCUUGGAGGGGAAAGCACCAUCAUGACAGAGAUCCGAGGGAAGCCCAUUGCGUCCAGCUGCUUUUACGGGACCUGCUGCCUUCAGGGUAUGUCCUACUCCAUCGGGUUCCUGCGCUUCUGCAAGCAGGCCACGCUGCAGUUCUGCAUUGUGAAACCCCUCAUGGCAAUUGUCACCAUCAUCCUGCAGGCGUUCGGGAAGUACCACGAUGGAGACUUCAAUGUCCACAGUGGAUACCUGUACAUCACCAUCAUCUACAACUUCUCCGUCAGCCUGGCCCUUUACGCCCUUUUCCUCUUCUACUUCGCCACCAUGGACCUGCUGCGCCCGUUUGAGCCAGUCCUCAAGUUCAUCACCAUCAAGGCUGUAAUCUUCCUCUCCUUCUGGCAAGGAACACUGCUGGCAAUCCUGGAGAAAUGUGGGGUGAUCCCUGAAGUUCAGAUCAUUGAUGGGAAGGAGGUGGGAGCUGGGACAGUGGCUGCUGGCUACCAGAACUUCAUCAUCUGCAUUGAAAUGUUCUUCGCUUCCAUUGCCCUGCGCUACGCGUUCACCUGCCACGUGUACAGGGAGAAGAAAGAAAACUCAACAGCAAACCUCGCCCCGAUGCAGAGCAUCUCGAGUGGGCUGAAGGAGACCAUCAGCCCCCAGGACAUCGUGCAGGAUGCCAUCCACAACUUCUCACCCGCAUACCAGCACUACACCCAGCAGUCGAUGCAGGAGGCAGAGCGCAAAGCGCCGGGGGAGAAUGGGCACGUGGCCUCCAAGAUAGAUGGACAGAGCAGCAGGAAGAGCAAAAACAUUGAAAAGAGAAUGCUAAUCCUGUCAGAUGAGGAGCUGUAGGAGGUAUCAGAAGAGACACUGAGACUGAAGAGGUUUAAACCCAUGCAGAGGUGUCUUGAGGCUGAGACAGCCUGGGCUAAUCAGAAUACAGAGAAGCCAGGAACUCUAUCCAAAAAGCCAGUCUCUCAAAGGGAAGAUGCAAUAACCCAGAAAAGGUUAAGUGAAAUAAGUGGCAGCUUCUGCUAUCAUGGAUGAAGCUGUGUUGGACCCUGUGUUGCAGCCUGGGCUUUGCUGCCCCACUGCUGCUGUCUCUCUGCCAGCCCUGUGCCAUUUCUGGGGGAUGCCAGGCAGGGAGGGGAGCCGGGGUGCAGGACAGACCAGCUGCCCUCGCCCUACUCUUACCUCCGAGUAGUGCUGAGGCCUGAGAGAAAUGCUUUUCUCAGCACAGUUCUGCUCUAGUUUCUCCCAAUUUGAGUAAAAAAUGAUCUCCAAGGGCUCCGUGGAGAAAACCAGCCCAGGAAGGUGACUUCGCUUCACCUCAAAACCUGGUAAAGGUUGAAAGACGUCAUUCCUUAUUUUUACAUCUUUCCCCCUCUCCUUCUCACAGCAAAGCUUAUAGAGAUGUGCAAAAAACCUUUAUCACGGAGCAAGAGUAAGUCAUCCUCUUCUCCCUCCAGAUGUGGAUGCAGCUGUCCAAGUAACUCCCCCGGGAGUGUGGCAGGACCUCACUGGGACUAACCAGAGGUCUGCAGCUGCAUUUCUGAGAGCUGCCGGUGACAGAAGUGCUUGUUUAUGUCUAAACCAACUUAUCUCUGAACGGAUCAGAAGUUAAAAGGGAUUCCAUCUUCCUUAUCAGAAUCUUUAUUAGGGAACCAGACUGUGACUGGUGGUGGUAGGAAUUCACUUACUGGGAACUGUCUGUUCCUCCUAACCCUUCACUAUUCCCUAUCCCUGGGCUUUGCCUGACCUGUGGGAAGGCAAGCAGGAGCUGAGCCCAGCUGGGUGACCAUGAUGGUGAGGAUAGGUGCUGAGGGAUGUUGCCACGUGGGGCAAGACCACAGGCAAGGGAAGACUGUGUAUGGAGGGAUGCUCUUUGUAUCAGUGAUGGUGAGCUCACACCCUUCUGUUACGACUUCUUCUCCUUUCUUCCCCAUUUUUUAGUCUAAUUUCUAUUCUCCUGACAAUGAGAGGUUCCCUGGGAAUGAACUUAGGCACUGGUGGGUCUGUUGUCUGGGAUGGUAGCAGGCUAGUGGAAGGAUGAAGGCAAAUCUAUAGCCUCAGAUUUGCAGUCAUGUGGCAAACAAACCAAUGGGUAAUGCUUGGAGCCCUUUUAAACACAACUCAUAGAAUUUGGAUCUUUUUUUCCCUGCUCUUAAGCUGCAAAAUGUAAAUCACAACACAAAAUUAUUUAUUUUUUUUCUAAUAAACAGCAAUUUCUAGCACAGAGCAAGCAAGCAUUUUCACUGAGCUCAGCAAGCAAAGCCCACGAUCUGCCUGUUCCUGCUAUAAUGCUGAUGCUCUUAAGCUUAACGUCCUCCCUGCCCCUCAAUGCUGGCCCAGCAGAAAUACCUGCACACGCAGCAUCCUGCACAUUUUGGCAUUCCUACAGGAUUUGUGCUCAUCUUUUUCACUCCACAAAGAACGUGCGUGUCUCCCGCUUCCCCUCCUUGCACAGCACCUCUUCCACGCCUCACCUAAGCUGUACAUGCAGUGGGUCAGAGGAGCUGAAUCUGGUUUAGCUAAGCUAAACCCAGACUCCAGCACCAACAAGACAAGCUGUGUUUAUUAUUAUUACUGGAGAAACCUUACCAUGCUAUAGCCCAGACUGCACAUGAGCAACCUAUAGUUCAGCCAGUCCUGCAAGUCCCUCUGGUCUGAAGGAGCACUGCUCAUACCUGCUCAGCUGGUGAGACUGCUGCCACUUUUCCUGCAAGGAGGUCCAUAAACAAGAGCCAGAUGCUGUGCACAUCCAGGCAUUCAUCCAGGAUCCUGCACAUCCUGGGAGCAAGACUGUCCUGCAUAGAAAGUGCAGCCGCAGUACUCAGGGACAAGGCUGCUUGGCUUUGUAAUGGAGCCAGCACAGAAGCAGGGACAUCUCAGCUGAACAUCUUGGUCCUCACUCCUCUGGGAGAGGACAGCCACAGCUGCAGGAACAGAGGCUGCUCUGGCUCCUGGGGUGAGGACAGACUGCAAAGGUGAUGAUGGCACAUCUGCUGGUGCUCUCACAGCCGCUGAGAUAAAGACUUGCACAAGAACACAGCAAGAACCGUGGUUGUACUUCAUUGCACAAAUGAUCGACUCCGGUGCAUAAUGGGCUGCCUCCAUUGCUCUGCCAGCAGGUGCAAUUCCCAAUGCAGACAAUAACAUUUGCCUAUUUAUGUCAAGCCCUGAUUACUGUAUUAUAUGUAAAACAGAUCUUUCUUGCAAGCCAAACAAGGGGGGGGGAAGAAAGAAAAAAAAGAAAGUCAGCUGUGACUCAUGCAAGUCAGCAGUGUGAUACCAGCCUGAAGGAGCCGUGCUGGGCUGGACACCAGCUGGCUGCCACGACGGCAACAGCAGGCACCCUCCCUGCUCCAGCCGGCGUAGCUGGGCCUCCUGCUCGUCCUUCUUCUUGGAGAGGGGAGAGAGGCGAGAGCUGAUGGCUCAGGCUGGGCGCUGUCACAGCCCUCAAACCCUUAGGCUGUCAAAAGGCAUCCAUGGGGAACAGAAAUGCCAACGGUGAUGUAGGCUGGACGCGGUCUCCUCUGCUAACGCAUCUCCUCCACCUCCUCAACAAGGACACGGGGAAAGCUGGCGGCGAGCACACGGGUGACCUACACAGGAGCCUGCUGUGCCUGGAGCCACGCCAGCAGGCAGCCCGAGAGGAACAGGCGUCUCUCACUGCCAGCAGCAGGCUCCAGUGGUCGGUGGAUUUGUUUUCCCGUUGUCGCUUGUCCUCGGGCUUUCCCCAAGGACAAGGCUGAGCUACAGCUAUUGGAUCUCCUGGUGCCUUUUGGGCUUGGAGCAGGCAGGUUUAUACCCCAGUCAUGUCAGGGAUGAUCAUCACAGCAAAUCCUGUCACUACACCUGCAGGAGCUCCCUAAAAAGCAGAGGGGAAGGAAGGCAGCCACUGGCACCACAGCUGAAGCAGCUCUCAUGCAUGGCUGCUCGCUGCACAGCGCCCAGUCAGAGACAGACACUUCUUUUUUUGGGUGCUAGCACUCACCAGCAAGUCCCUGGGCCCAGCUGCUGACAGGGAGCAGACCUGUGCCAGAAAGCAGGAUUUGUGCUUUUGUCACCCUGUUCACAGGGACCUUCUGUGCUCCUUCUCUAUGCAUGGUGAAUGUUUCCUUUCAUUCUGAACCUUCACCUGGCCCAUUCCUGAUGCCCUUUUCCUCCUGAACUAAUGCUCCUCCAUCCUUUCAACAGUCACAACUGGCCUACCUCCCUGUCCCCCCUGUUGUCACCAGCUCCUCGCUGCAAUGACUCCAGGCAGGAGCCAAAGCAGCUGAUGAUGCUUUUUUUGCUCAGCACAGACUGCCAUCACCCCUCAGGCUUCACCCACGUGCCUGCUCAGCCAAGCCUGCCUGGCCCCACCUAAUGACCAUCCAUUACCUGCUGACACACAAAGCCUUUCAGCCCUGCUCCUCUUCACUUUGCCCUACCUCUUAAUUCCAGCUUUGGCCAACACACCCAUCUGUCUCCAACCUACUGCCUCAACACAGGCCAAGUGUUUUACCCCCUUCAGCUGUUCCUUCAAGAAACUCUACCCCUUGAAGUAGGGAAUUAAAGCCAACACAACCCCUGAAAGCUCACUGGCACAACGUACCACCUUUUUAAAAGCCCCAGCAGGGAAAAGCAAAAAGAUGAAGUAUUGAUGUAAGAGGUUAAAGCAGUUUAUUCACAAGCAGUCACAAAGGGAAACCAUGAAGGGAUAUUUCACAACCCAAAGGAAGAGAGAGGAGUGUCUCUCUCCAGCACUUCCAGACAGGUCACAGUGUCUCCAAGCCACAAGUGGCUUUGCUCAGCAUCACGACUGCAGGCAGGUGCCUGCUGAGCUGUCAGUCCUGCUUGUGCUAACACAGACACCCUCUGAUUGUGCACAGAGCCCCUGGGUCAGGAACAGACACGCGGUCUGAGCACAGCAUUGACCUGACAAACAGCUCGGACAAGAGCUAGCCCUGGAGCACAUGCCAAGUGUCCCAAGAAAGCCCCACAGCAAGGCUGAGAUGGGCUCCAGGAGGUUGGGUCAGAUGACUGCAAAAGCCCACGCUGCCAUCCCACUCGCCUUAGCCCAGCCUGCCUCCAAAAAACACAUCGCUCACCGCAGCGCCAUGGCCAGCCGCGCGCUGCACUGGGGACAGGCAGCAGAAAACCCGAGGAAAACACUCCACUGAAGAUCAAUUCAGGCUCCAAAACGCUGACCAUAGACCAGGGCAAGUCUGAAACCAGAAAAUGCUUUAUUGGAAAGGUACAAAAAAACCAGUCACUGCAGCUAAAUUUACAGCAAUAAAUUACGUUGUGGCUGUCAAGAGAAGUAAUGGACACAUACACAGGGCUAUUCGCCUUACAAACAGGAAUCCACAUUGCUUGGUAUAUCAAUAAUUUAUUUUAUAAUAAAAAAGCAGCACAAAAAUAAAUAUUGAAAUGAAAUUACUGAGUAACCACAGAGGAUAGAAUGAGCUGGUGAUAAAAAACAACUUAAAACAGAAGACUUCUAUCAUUAAAAAAAUGAAAGCAAGUAUCCACCAUCUACAGAAACACCCCAGCAGACUGAAAUACAGACGAAGGAAAACAAAUCCACAUUACAAAAGUUUUUCAGUUUUGUUUUGUUUCUUUUUUUUUCCUUUUUUUUUUCCUUUUUUUCCUUUUUUUUUUUUUAAAUAAAAACAAUCAUGACAAUGAAGUUUAAAUGAUUUGAGAGAGAAAAAACUGCCACCUUCUCCUCCUCCCCGGGUCUGAGCCAUCCCGUGGCACAGCUCGCCUCCGCCCCGGCCCAGUGCCAGCGCCUCGUCCCUCCCCGCCGUCCCGGAGCUGCCGUGGCACCCAGGUCUCUGCACUUUGUGGUCUCCUCCUGGCAGAUGUAGAGCUGGGCAGGAGCAGAGACACUGCCUUGUUUCAAAGGGAUCUGGAGCUGCCCUGGAGGGAAAGGUUCCCCACUCCCAGCAGAGAGCACAGCAAACACGAGUACGAGAACAGAGGUGUCCCUUCCCGACGCCUUCGUCUUCUCCUGCCUCCCACCCAGCCUCGCUUCCCUCGUCACUCUGCGGAUGGGGAGCAACCAAAGAAGGCCAGGCCCAGGGGAGAGGAUCCCAGCACCCAAAAAUCAGAUCCCCCGCUCCUCCUCAGCGGGGUCGGGGGGGACAAACUAAGAGGGGCAGAGAAGGGAGCCAUCCAAAGUACUGCAGCAGAGAGAGGCGGGAGGUGCGGCCGCGGGGACGCGUCCCACGCCGCCGGCUCCCCUCGCCGCGCUCGCCCUGGGUGUCAGGCUGGCAAGUGCAGGACGGAGAGAAAAGAAAAACAAACAAAACAAAACAAAAAGUAAAACACAACAGAAACAAACCGAACCCCAGAGGAAUGCAACGCGACAACCCCAAGCUGGAGGGCCCUCCAGGGAGGAGGGUGGAGGAGCUGGGUCUCCAACGCGAUCAACAGCUUUCGGGUCAUUCCUCCCUCCACGUUACCUUGCAAUUCUGAUCCCUCUGUGGAAGUUUAGCCAGGACAUUUCAUUCUCCUCCAGGUCACCACCCAGGGAGCCCUGGACUGGCAAUUUCUUUUAAUAAAGAUUUACAGUAUCAAACUUGGAAAAAAAAUUAUUUUUUUUUCUUUUUUACGAAAAAUCUGUACGAUAAAAUGUAUAUAAUUAUAUAUUUAUAUAUAUAUUUCUCUCUCUUUAAAUAUUUCCACGUGGUCCUUAUGGAUAUCCAAUAUGGAUUACCUACCAUGGCUAUGGUAUCAACAGCUUUAACAACACCCAGGCCUCUUGUUCUUUAUCGAGUGACCAGAGAUUUAAGUGCCUACCAGCACUAAACUAGCAAUCACUUGGACAAGCCUUUGGCACCCUUCCAAGAACUGGAAAAAAAAGAAAUACUUGGCCACAAGGGAAGUGCCACAUAAAGAUAUGUUUCUCAACUCAUUCCAACAGCAAGAAGACCCCAGGAACAAAGAUCAACCUCUGUCCCCUUCAGUGAGACAGGUCUGAUUUCCCCGGAGGGGUGUCAAGGGCAGCCAGAGGGUGUUCCUAUCUAGCCAGGAAUGUUAUGGAGCUCUGGAGCUGUUUUAAAGACUGGAAGCAUUUGGGCAUUUUCAAGUCAACUGGCCUUUUUCAAUAAAGUUUUCAUUUAAAGCCCCAACAGUGCCAGGAGUCUCCAUUUUGCCUGUUUUUGGAGGCACCUGUAAGGUCUGGGAAAGUGUCCAAUGUCUGUGAGCUGGAGAACAUGAGAGGACCAGGAAAUGACCGUAACAUCUUUCUCUUCCUCAGCUUCUGCUGUGGGAGUCAAUAACUGGUACUGAUACACAGGACAUCGAUCUGCCUGUUUGGAGAUAGGGAGGGAAUGGAGGAGAAAUGAGGUAACACUAAGUGCCAUCCAAACUCUACAUGUUGGAAAAUCACUUGAAGGAAACUCCCUGCUCGCCUCCAAAACGUGGACCUGGCAGGGGGAACGAGCCUUCAGGAAGCAUUUCACUGACACCCUUUCUGGCUCAGUAAAGUCACGGACGUCGAUGUUGGGGACUGAAUGAGAACCAUGUCUGAGGUUUCUCUUUUCAUUAACCUAUUUCACAAAGGAUCCUCCUGGGAAAUCCAGAGACUCCAAUGACAAGGUGAAAAAAAAAAAGAAAAA